AUGGAUCGAUUUUUUCCUGAGAAACUUCUGGGUGAGAUAUUCUGGGAUCAAUCUCUUUUGGCCACCGACCAAAGUGAUGCAGUUAAAAAUUCCCAAAUCAUCAAGGGUGAAGCUUUCCCUCCUGCAACUCAAAGUGCUUUUGUUCAAUAUAGAGACCUACCCAGAAGCAAAAACCCUCUAAACGGGUCAAAUUCAGAGAGCAUGAGUAAGAGAAUGCUGGCGUUCUUGAGAAAAAGUUUCCCCGUGGAGAGAAAUAACGUGGAAGAGAAUGAAAGGGAUCGCAAUUUCAGGCACAUGAUCAAUGAGAGAAUGAGGAGACGGAGGCAGAGGCAGUGCUGCUUGGCCCUGCAUUCAAUUUUACCACAUGGAACCAAAACAGAUAAUAAUUCUGUAAUUCAAAUGGCAGCGAAGGAGAUUGUACGGCUACAAGGAUGCAGAGAAGAGUUGAAGAGGAAAAUUGAAGGAAAUGUUGAAGGUGUUGCUGGGAGGAAGCAUGAUGGGAGAAGUAAGGUUGAAUAUUUGAGAGUUGGAGAUCCAAAGUGUGCCAUUGAUUCAAUGGUUGAGAGGCUGAAGUUGUUGAAAAAGGAAGGAUCGGAUAGCAGCAGCAUCAGAGCAAGUUUCUCCCCAGUGGAGUUGUUUGCAGUGUUAGAGAUAGACAGUGUUGUUUGCAGGGCCAGAACAGAUAUCUAA